AUGAAUCCAGCCGCCCAGUAUUACAUCACUCACAACUCCAAGAGCGAGAACUACGAUGUCAGCACAACAGACAAAACACACCUCUACCACAUCGACAACUCUACCUUCACAAUAGGAAAACCAGACCUGACUUUCCACCACAGUCCUGACUCCAAGGGGCCCGUUGUGGGAGUGUGUAAGUUCCGACACUUCUCCUCGGACUGUGAGAUUGGUCUAGCGGACCCGGAACGGUUCAACAAAAUGAAGUGGGAGUACCUGCACAAAGAAGGCUUUAUCUUUAAGCGCGCAUAUUGGUUUCGCAUGGAGCUAGACGAUGGCACAAAGCAAAGUUUCACCUGGAAACAAACCAGCUCACUUGGCAGUGGAUCUGGAAACCAUAAACUAGUCAAGGAGAACGGUCAGACCGUCGUCGCGGUGCUUUCAUCUGGUGGCAUCUUUUCAAAGAAAAUCGACUAUGGCUACUUGGAUAUCUACUCGAAUCUAGGGCCGCGGUUCUACCUUAUGGCUCUUAUCUCAGGAAUUGCCGUAGUCGAGAGGAUCAGACGGGCGAAACCAAAUGCAGCGGGGGGAGCUGCCGGGGGCUCUUCAGCCGGUGGGGGAGGGAUUUGUUAG